UAUUAAGAAGAAGCUCCAUCUCUCUAUUUCUCUUCUUUUUCUCUUUUUUCUCUCUCACCAAAAGCCAAAAAUCUCUGUAACUCUUCUUGUUUUUGGAGCUUUCUUUUCCUCUCACAAAAAGAGGAAGAAGAAGAAGAGAAGAAAAUUCAUACUCACAGAUAUAUAUUAUAUAUUUUAUAGAUAUAGAUAUAGAUAUAGAUACAGAGAGAUAAAUAUAUAGUGUUUUACUAGUUUAUUUGGUAUUUGUAGAAAGUGGAAGCCAUGGGCUGUUUCCCUUGUUCUGGUGAUCCAUCGAUCAAGAAACGAGAAAGAAAAAGAAUCCAAGCCAAUAAUCAAUACAAAAGGGAUGAUCAACCAAACCCCAAAUCAGAUACAGUAAAGACGAGUGAACAUAAAGUUGUGAAGAAAGAAGAGACUGAAAAUGCAAACCAAUCUACAACUAGGAUGGAUGGCGAUUGUAGUAGCGUUUCCAGAGAUGAGGAAACUGAUGGAAUUAAAAUUAAUGGAGUGAAUAAAGCGCGGGCGUUUAAAUUUAAUGAACUGGUAGCCGCGACAGAAAAUUUCAAAGCAGCGUACUUCUUGGGUGAAGGAGGCUUUGGCAAAGUAUACAAAGGUUGUUUGGCAGAUACUGGUCAGGUUGUAGCCAUCAAACAACUGAACCCCGAUGGAUGUCAGGGCAACAGGGAAUUCAUUGUGGAAGUACUCACUCUAAGUAUGGCUGACCAUCCCAAUCUUGUCAAAUUAAUUGGUUAUUGUGUCGAGGGACAUCAUAGGGUGUUGGUCUAUGAGUACAUGCCGCUUGGUUCGUUAGAAGACCAUUUACAUGACCCUUGGCCAGAUAAAAAACGCCUUGAUUGGAACACCAGAAUGAAGAUAGCUGCAGGUGCUGCAAGGGGCCUGGAGUAUUUGCAUGACAAAAUGAAACCGCCUGUUAUUUAUCGUGACUUGAAGGGAUCCAAUAUUCUUCUUGGAGAGGGGUACCAUCCAAAGUUAUCUGAUUUCGGCUUGGCUAAAGUGGGUCCUCUUGGAGACAAGACCCAUGUCUCUACCAGAGUGAUGGGCACAUAUGGAUACUGUGCACCAGAUUAUGCUAUGACUGGCCAACUGACAUUCAAAUCAGAUAUAUACAGCUUUGGAGUUGUUCUCUUGGAGAUUAUCACGGGCAGGAAAGCGAUUGACAAUACAAAAUCUGCUGCGGAGCAAAACCUUGUUGCUUGGGCACGGCCACUGUUUAAAGACCGGAAGAAAUUCCAUCAGAUGGCAGAUCCAGUACUAGAAGGUCAUUAUCCUGUGAGGGGUUUAUACCAAGCUCUUGCAAUUGCUGCAAUGUGUGUCCAGGAGCAACCUAAUAUGCGGCCUCUCAUCGCUGAUAUUGUCACUGCUCUCAACUACCUUGCCUCCCAAAAGUAUGACUGCGAAGCCCAGCCUCCCCAAGGAUCGCGUAAUAAUUCUUCUAGAAAAUCAAGAUCAAUAGAUGAUCAAAAGAACCCCAUUAAUGUUGACGGUGAUGACACAUCGAAUUCAGAGAGCUAAAUUAAAGAACCAAAUUGGCGCCCCCUGCUGGUAUUCAUCCGAUUGAUUUCUCUGUUAAAAAAUCUCGGAUUGUUGCUUUCUUGCAAGAAUCCGACCUUUUCGGGGUUGAAGGGCAUAUAAGCUAAUAGAAAAACUUGCCUUGUUAUCAAUUUUUGUGUCACAUGAUAACAGGUGCAGCUCAAAUUCUAACGUAAUAUAAACCAAGAUUCUCCUUUUGCAUUUGUGUAAAUGGAAAGGCUAGUUAGUGUGUAGAUGCAAUAUAUGAUUCAAAGGUAUAAAGAGGAAAGAAAAUCUGAAAGAUAAGGAGUGUUAGCAGGAACAAGUAUCCCAUUGUUUGCCUGGUUUAUGGUCAUUCUUCUUGCAUUACUUUUAGAAUUUAGACUUUUCAAAUUCUUGGCAACUUCUUGAAAGAAAGAUCUAGUUUAUGAAGUCCUUUACAACACAAAACCAACACCAAUGUGCCUGGUUUAUUUGGUUUGUCAUUUUGUUUUUGGAUGAUUAAUAAUCAAUAAUCGAAUCGAUAAUGAUCAAUAAGAUAUGCAGCCUUGGUUCAAGGAA